AUGACUUUCGUUCCCCAGGUACCAGCUACCUACUGCCUCAACCUUGGUCUUAUAUCAGGAGACUUGAGCCGUAAGAGUAACCCGCUUAUCAUAAAAAAGACAUCACACUUAUCACCAGUGACAAUCAAUAUAAAGUCUGGUUUACCCAGAGUACCAUAUUUGCCGACACCUCUACUCCCUCGGAAGCUGUCAAGAAAACCAUCUACAUCACAAAGGAAAAUCAAACGUCUUCUAAAAGAGACAGCGCUAAAACGAAAACUGUUAAAGAUACCAAAAUUAAGAAAGAUUCCCAAGCUACCAAAAUUCCCACGCUUACCUCUAAUACCGAUUUUACCUAAAUUACCUCUGUUACCGUUACCAUUAUUACCCAUCAUACCACCGUUGCCUCUUUUACCACCGAUUCUACCGAGUGUUACAAAACUACUGAAACCUCUGCGCGUUCCAAUAAUAGGUAAAAGUAAAUUGCAAAAAGCAUUAGGCUCAGAACUAAAACCAGUUCAAAUACCUUGGACAGGGAAAGAUACGAGAAAUAGAAAAGGUAUUUUAGAAAAACUCUUAAAAUUAAGAAGAAAUGGCGCACUAUCGGCCGCUGAAUUUCACAGGUUUAAAAAACUUUUGUUGUGA